AUGAAAUCAGGUAGAAGACAUAACAACCAUUCAAGACGACGAAAAAUCCAAAGACCAGUGGAACCAUAUUACCAAGCUUCUUAUAGAGAAAUAAUGCAUGACCUCAAAUUACUCGAAGGGCUUGCUCCAAAGAAGCAAAUUGCUCCAGAAGAAAUUAUCCUCCCACAAAAAAGACCUAGACCUGUAAGGCUCCAUUUUAUAUUAUAUGAAAAGUAACUUUAUAUAAAUUCUCCACUCUAAUAAUUGAUUUAAAAACAGUGUUAAAGGCAAAUUCUAUAAAGGAUUUAAAUCUCAGAAAUUAAAAUGCAAGACCUGAAAGACUUGUUGAAACAAUCGAAGAGACUCAAGCACUUGAAAUGCUUGUAACUUUGAUCAACAAAACUGAAGUGCCAGCACCUAAAGUUCAAGCUCCAACACAAAGACAAUUCAAUGCUCAGCAAAUAGAAGCUUACCAAAGAGCCAAUUUGAUGAAGCUCGGCGCGUAUUGGAAUCAGCAAUACUUAAUGAUGAUGCAAUGGCAAAAUUAUUAUGCUAAUAUGAACUACUAUGGGGCUCAUAUCAAAAGAAUUCAAACAGAGAUGCAGCAAAACGUAUUUGCUGGCAGGUCUGCAAACAAUGUGUUAUAA